AUUGGUGAAGUAGUAUCAAGGUGGGCUGGGUAUAUGGGGGCCUAGCUGUACGGGGGACUCUCUGACGUUGGCUAGUUUUGCUGAGAAAAUAAGUUUACUGAUUUGAGAUAAUAAAUGGUGCGACCUCUAUCCUUUUCAAUAUUAAAAAAAUGCAUAAAAAUAACAAUAUUAGGCUAUAUUUGUUAUGAAGACUCUUCUCUCAUAACUGUCAGCAAAUCAGGAGGUCUAAUUUUCCUUUUAAAUUUUGCAUUUUGACUGCACCUUAUAUGAUUGCAAGGACUUUUUUUUCACGUGUACAAAUUUGACGUGUGUCGCUCAAAUUCUGGAUUGAAAAACGCUGUAUCUGAGCUCAUUUCAUCAUUAUGGCAGACAACGAGGGAAACAGUGAAGGGAAUGCACCAAUUUCCAAGAAAGCCCAGAAGAAAGCCCAGAAAGAGGCAGAGAAAGCAGCGAAGAAGUCUGAAAGAAAAGCACAACAGGCUGAAUCAUCUAAAGCAGAAGAAGCUGACUUUGCUGAAAAUUGUUAUGGCAAUUAUCCUCUGAUUCAGUCACAGAAUAAGAUAGAGAGGAAAAUCUAUCGAGUUGAAGAACUCACCGCCGACAAAGUAAAUCAAAAGGUGUGGAUCAGGGCCCGCUUACACACUAGCAGGAGCAAAGGUAAACAGUGUUUCCUUGUGCUCCGACAACAGCAAUUCAAUUGUCAGGGUCUGCUGUGUGUCAGUGAUAAAGUUAGCAAGCCAAUGGUCAAAUUUGCAGCCAAUAUUACUAAGGAAUCCAUUGUUGAUGUGGAGGGUGUGAUAUCUCCUGUACCUCAGCCAAUUGAGAGCUGUACCCAGAAGGAUGUAGAGCUUCAUAUUGAACAGAUUUUUGUGGUGAGUCCUGCCGAGCCCAGGCUGCCCCUCCAAAUUGAUGAUGCUGCCAGGUCAGAGGCAAAGGAAGACGAAGAUUCCUCGCACGUGACGGUCGGGCAAGAUGUCCGCCUGGACAACCGUGUCCUGGAUCUCAGGACCACAACUAACCAGGCCAUCUUUCGUCUUGAGGCUGGAGUAGUUCAAGAGUUCCGAUCAGCUAUGAAGAAAAGAGACUUUGUCGAACUUCAGAUCCCGAAAAUCAUUUCCGCUGCCAGUGAGGGUGGAGCCAAUGUAUUCACUGUGUCUUACUUUAAGAACAAUGCCUAUCUUGCUCAGUCACCUCAGCUCUACAAGCAGAUGGGUAUAGCUGCUGAUUUUGAGAGGGUCUUCACUAUAGGAGCAGUUUUCAGAGCAGAAGACUCUAACACCCACCGUCAUCUCUGUGAGUUUGUCGGCUUGGACAUGGAGAUGGCCUUCAAAUAUCACUAUCAUGAAGCCCUGGAUGUCAUUGGGAAUGUCUUCAACGAUAUUUUCCGGGGUCUCCGAGAUAAUUUCCAGACUGAAAUUCAGACUGUGAGACGCCAGUUCCCUUCGGAGGACUUCAAAUUCCUCGAUCCCCCUCUUCGUCUUGAGUGGCCCGAGGGAAUUAAGAUGCUCCGUGAUGCAGGCGUUGAGAUUGACGACUUGGAAGAUCUCAGCACCCCUAAUGAGAAGUUUCUUGGCCGGCUUGUGAAGGAGAAGUAUGACACAGAUUUCUACAUAUUGGACAAGUUUCCACUCUGCAUCCGGCCUUUCUACACCAUGCCUGAUCCAAACAACCCGCAAUACUCCAACUCAUACGACUGUUUCAUGAGAGGAGAGGAGAUUAUGUCGGGUGCUCAGCGAAUCCACGAUUCAAAGUUCCUUUUGGAGAGAGCUAAUCAUCAUAACAUAGAUAUUGAGAAGAUCAAGGCGUACAUCGAUGCCUUCCGAUAUGGAGCGCCCCCACAUGCUGGUGGCGGGAUAGGAUUGGAACGAGUCACCAUGUUGUACCUUGGUCUGGAUAAUAUCAGAAAGACGUCACUCUUCCCUCGUGACCCUAAACGUCUUACACCAUGAGAGGGUGUACUCUCUUUCUUUGUGUGAUUUUUAAUUUCCUAUUACCUUCGGUGAAAAGCACCAUUUAGAAACAGAUAUCUUGUCUUUUCUAGGUAGUUAUAUUUUAAUGAGUAUGUGUAACAUACAACUUAAAUAUUUGAUGUCAAGCAAGUUCUCUCUCACAUCUCUUGUCGUAUUCUUAACUUUUAUUCCCAAAUUAUAUCCACACUAAACAAGAAGAAGGCCUUUAUGAUUUAUUGAUGAUAAUGUUUUUCCAUUGCAACUGCAGGAUAAUUUCUGUACAGGGUAUUAUGAGUUUGUAUACAAAUAGCACAUGGCUCUGAGUGCAUUGGGUCUAACUAUAAACGCAUGCCAUAACUUCUGAUUCAUCGCUUUGGACAGUUCUGAAGUUAUCAAAUGUGCUAAUGUGAACCGAUGCACUAAUGAAAGCCUUGCAUUAUUUGUUUUAUGAAAUAAGAUAUAGAUUCUUGUGAUUGAUACAAUGAAGUGAAAUCUAAAUGUAACAUUAGGAACAUUAGAUUUUCUACCUACUAUGCAGCACACUGGCAUUGAUCAUAUCCCUCGAACAUAGGCAUAGGAAAACAUGUAGGCGUGCCGCUAGUAUUCAGAAAAUUCAUUCCAUGUUAUUUCCUCUCAACUCUAUAUUUUUGCAUUUUAAGCAGGUACAUGCAUAUAUGGUGUGUAUGAAUCUCCAUUACCCAUUAUAAGAUCUUAUAAAAUCUUUUUUGUAUAAGCCUAUUGCUCAUAUUUUCCUUAUUGUACACUCCAUUCAUUGCCUGUCAAAUUUCUUUUCUGAUGGAAUGAUUUUUUUUCUUGUGUUCCACCUUUGGAAGGUAUGAGGUUAUCUCAUUGUAACAAAUAUUUUGACAAUAUAUUUUCUGUUCAUGUUUUCUUUAUGAUUGCUUUGAGCAUGUACUUUGAACAUUGUGAAUUCGUUAUGAUCUUUAUUUGCAUACUUAUGAGGGCCUGAGUGGUUUACCUUUCGUGUUCCUUUUUCUCAGCAUUGUAAAAUCAUAAUCCUGAUCUUCCUACCCUCACAAUUUUUAUGAUAGAAGAAAGCAUAUUGAAUUAUAAAGUAAUUCUUUAUAUCUUUAUUCUUGAAAAAAAUGUCAAAAAUAUGUGUUUGUUAGUAAAAAAAAAUGCCAUAAUGCUUACCACAUGUUCCCUAUGAAUUUCAGUGCUGUUUUAGAGAAUUGUUUAUCCCCCUUUGAAAAUUGUUAUAAGAAAAAAUCAAAUUUAUCCAAUUUCAAAGAUGUUCCAUUUCCAAAAUAUGCUGACCAUUGGUAUUUAGUCUUUAUCAUUUUUAAGCUUGACCUCGGGAUUUAUGCUUGUAACACUCAUCUGUGGAAAAAUUAAUAAAAUAACCUUUCCAUGUCUCUUUUGGGAAAUUUCGGGACAAAUUCACCCAGAGCCCCCAUAUACUUUACCCUGCUACCCAGUGUCCAGUCAGUGUUGCUCACUAUUCUUAAAGAUUUUGUCCAGGGCCCUGUCUUACAAAGAGUUACAGUUUGUCCAAUCAAACCACAACUACGGAAAGCCAGCAACAUCAACAUCUAAAAUGCAUGUUUGUUCAAAAUACUCUCUAGAUAUGAUGUAUAUCCAUACAUUCACUGUUUUCUUGACAAGUCAGUGUGCUUCUCUUUAUUUAUUUUUAAAGGACAUUGUGCACAUUUCCUAAAGAAGAAAUUAUGACAUUGAUGGAUUUCCAUAUACUUGUGGUUGAUUGGAUCAAAGAGUUAAGAUUGAUCCAAUCAAUCAUAACUCUAUGGAAAUCCAUCAGUGUCAUAAUUUUUCUCCAGGAAAUUUGCAAAAUGUAAUUUGUAAACAAAGGAGAACACACCAAAUUGUCAAGUAAUCAAUCAAUUUAUGGAUAUGCAUUCAUAUGUAUAGAAAUUUUUGAGCAAACAUGCAUUUCAUAUGUUGGCUUUGCUGGAUUUCCAUAGUUGCGAUUGAUCGGAUCAAUCACAACUCUUUGCAAGACGGGGGCCCCAGAUGUGUGUUUGACAACUUGAUUCUCAGGGAUCCAUCAGGUUUAAAGCAAAUUUCAUGCAAUUAUGGAUUUUCUCAUAAUAAGCCUAUGUAACAAUGUAAAUACCUUAAUGCAACACACAACCUUGAAAGUAUGAGCAUUUUUUACCAUAGUUCUUAGCAUCAGUUUUUUUUCUUAUUAAGGUACAGUAUCAUGUUAACUUGUAAGGGUCACAGGUAUUCUUUUAUCAUAAUUUUUUAUUAGGAGAAGUGGUAGUUGUAUUAGCAGUAGUACUAGUAAAUACAGUAGUAUGCACUCUACCAUGCUGGGGCAGUGGUAGUGCGCCUGCCUCAUUAACACAAGGUUGUGGGUUCAAUCCAGCAGAGUCAUACCAAAGACUUUAAAAAAUGGGACAUUUUGACUUCUUGUAUUAAGGCGCUCAGCAUCUAGAUUGGAGAAGGAUAAUAAUAACAUAAGUUUGUUAUUCAGAGCACACAGGUAGAGCAGUUAAACUGAAGUGGCUACCUUUGGUAAAUAAAAUGUUACUCUUAUUUGUUUUGUUUUACUUAAUUUUCCCUAUUUAAUUCAAUAUAAUUAUUUAUCGGUGAGAAUCACAGGUAUUUUUUAACCAUAAUCAUAGACGAGUAAUUAUGAUGUAUUUGACUACAUUCAAUAUCGCAGUGAUACAUGAUCAUUGUUAUUAAUUUUUUUCUUCAUUUACUUUACCUUUUGUGAAAUAAGUACUGUGUGCAUGAAAAUUUAUUUUGUGAAAUGAUAAUGAAGUGUAGAAAGUGUAUGAGCUCAGUUGUAACGAGUAUAGUGGUUAAAUGGCAGAUUAUAAUAAAAACAAUUUCAUAUGA